CAUAAAGUUGGUCCUCCACAUCCAUCCGGGCUACCCUUAACAAUUUCAGCGCAGUCGCAGAAGUCAUUCUUCAUUUUUGAGGCACUCUCAUUCUGUAUAACCGAAGUUUUCACCAAAUAUUCUGGAUUUACAGCCAAUUCAGUAAAGCAGCUCCAGCUUCAAACUACGACAUAACUUUUAGCUAAAUCUUCAUUUACUUCUGGAAAAACAAAAUGUCUUCGUUAAACCACAGUGGAGAAGAAUCCUCUGAGUGCCCUCUCUGCAUGGAACCUCUUGAAAUGGAUGACCUUAGCUUCUACCCCUGCACUUGUGGAUACCAGAUAUGUCGAUUCUGCUGGCACCGGAUAAGAACAGAUGAGAAUGGGUUGUGCCCUGCUUGUCGGAAAGCUUAUCCUGAAAAUCCAGCUGAUUUCAAACCUCUUUCCACUCAAGAGAUGCACCGAAUCAAAGCUGAGAAGCGUCAGAAAGACCAACAAAAGAAGCAGAAAGCAACAGAAAACAGGAAACACCUAGCUAAUGUAAGGGUAGUUCAGAGGAACUUGGUUUUUGUUGUUGGACUUUCUCCACGGCUAGCUGACCCAGAGGUUUUGAAACGGCAUGAGUACUUCGGUAAGCUUGGGAAAAUACACAAGGUAGUCAUCAACCAUAGCACUCAAUAUGCAGGUUCUCAGGGACCAAGUGCAAGUGCCUAUGUGACUUACAUACGUGGAGAGGACGCUUUACGAGCGAUACAAUCGGUUAAUAAUAUUACCGUUGACGGUCGGACUUUGAGAGCAUCUUUAGGGACGACUAAAUACUGUUCACAUUUUAUGAAAAAUCAAGUUUGUCCUAAACCUGAUUGUAUGUACCUUCAUGAAAUUGCAGGUGAUGAUGCUGCUAGUUUCACCAAAGAAGAAAUGCAACAAGGCAAACAUACGGACUACGAGCGGUUGUUGCACGAGCAGCUUCUGUCACCCUGUCUAAACCACAAAGAGGGCCGAAAAGCAUCAGCAUCACCUCCUUUAAAAGAGGGAGCUUCCAAUGCAACGCAAAGUGGACCUAAAGAUGGUUGGCCUUCGCUGCCUCCCGGUUGCUCGACGGCCAAUCCUUCUAGCCUUAAUACCUCAGGUAAAGUCGUAGUGCCGAUUGUCAAGAGUGAACCGCCGUUGACCAAAGAGAAAAGUGGGAAGAUCAAAGCGAAACCAGCACAACCGUCAUCAGUUCAUAUACCAGUGGCCGCUGUUCAGCCGGAGGAAUCUAGCUUACCUCAAGCUAAGACAAAUGGAUCGAACCGCAAGGCCAAAGAGAAAACAGCUGUAACUGCAGUGUUAACUGCGGUAUUAAAUCCAACUGCUCCUGUCACCACACAACCAACGAAACCGGAACGACAAAGAUCCACCUCACUUUCUCCUGCCCUCUCUACUUCCUCCAAUCCAACACCACCAUUGGUUUCAUCCUCGUCAUCACCGUCGUCUUCUCAAGAUAGCGGCUUUUUGCCUUCAAACCAACACGAAUUCGAAAUUCUCAAGCAAGGCGCUUCGAUGGCUGCAGAGGAAGAGGAGAUCGAUAGAGCAAGAGAUGAAGCCGAGGAUUAUUUUGAUCCUGCCGGAAAUAAAGUGACGGUGAAUUCUUCAAGUUUCGCACACUCCAUUCUCGAUACUAAUAACAGUAGUAACAGCCACAGUUUUUUUUCGACCGGGCCACUUCCAGCUUACACGGCGCAGUCAAAUGGCACAUCUCCCUCCGGCUGUUGGUUAGCAAAUGGCGCUGAGGAGGAGUCAAUAACCUCCACGCUACCUAAUCAAAGUGCAGCCGACUGGCAAUUGGCGUUUAACGAUCUGGCAUCGUCUUCACGUCUUGUUCCCAAUGUAACCGCAAUGGAAGACCCAAGCAAUCACCAGUCAAAGAACACAGACGACGACUUGGGAUUCGAUCCCUUCCAUGAAACGCAAAAGGCUUUGGCUGAAAUGCUCGAAAAAGAGUCCAUCUCAAGCCUACCCAAUGGUUCAGUGUUCAGUAAUGGUUGUAGCAACCUGGGUUACUCUGGCCCCGUCCAGAGUCUCUAUUCCAACCCUCCAGUUCCACCAUCAAUGACCCGACACAGUCCAAGUUUUAGCUCUUUAGGACUAGGACUUGGGUUGGGCGUCGGCGUAGCGCCUCAACCACAGCCCUCGCGUACAAGAAUUCCACCUCCGGGUUUCAAUCCUACUCAGCAUCUUGCCGGGUCAAUGAACCAAGGUGGAGUCAGUCACUUUGGUUUGAGCCUUCCCAACCUUAGCUCGAAUCGGCCGGUGAAUCGCCUAGACAUGGGUACCAGUAAAAUGUUGCCAUUUAUGAACAAUCAGAGCACAGCCAACGGUGGUGUGGGUGGUCCUUCGACUGGAUACGGUCCACGUCUCUAUCAUGACUCGCCUUCCUUGGGUUUAGGAAUGUCAGGAAUCGGGGGCAUGAGCGGCGGAGGCAUGUCAUCAAACAUGAGUUACAUGGGCGGUCAAAAUGGUUCGCUAAGUCAUUUGUCGAACAACAAGCCACAAGGAUAUAACACUGGAAUGGGCAGCAAUAUGCCUUAUUCCAAUGGUAGCAAUAGCCUUGGCCUUGGAACGAGUGGCAUUGGCGAUCCAGCACCCUCCAUGAAGGACUGGCAAGAUGGGCUUCGAGCACUGUUUCCGAACGUCAACAUUUCCAUGGGUAAUGGAGGCGUCACGAGCAGUAACGGCAGUAGCAACAACAGCAGCAGCCAUAGUGGCCGCAUGGGUGCCUUUCCUCCUGGCCUCUCUGGUCUAGGCAACGGCCAACCACAGCAGAUGCAUCAUCAACAUCAUCAACAUCAAAUGACUCAGCAACCAAACAGCUUAGCUGCAAAAGGAUGGAGAAAUGGUUCAGAUUGGACUUCUCUCGACCCGGCCAUCGUUUCUAGUGGCCAGAUAACUGAUUCGCGAUCAGAUUCGCCACCACAUUGGCUUCGUUCUCUGGAGCAGUUGACGGAAACGGGAAACAGUCCGGCACAGCAGCCGCCCUCCAACCCUUCCAAUCUGUUUGGCCUGGCCAAUUCAACUCACUACAACUUGCCUUCACUAUCUGGCCGUAGUAACGUCACACCCGCAUCUGGUUUGGACGGAUUGAAUUCCAUGGGCUCAUUCUGGCCGUCGGUCUCCCACACUACCCCCUCUAUGCCUCCUCCUGGUUUCAGUCACAUCAGACCUACUCCCAAAACAGCAUCAACGGCAGAGACACACAAAAUUGACAAUCUCUGAGGUUGGUGUUUGCCUAGGUGUUGCAUUUGUUAGGGAUUGGCAGUGAUACUAUCGUUAUUUUGAAAUCCUUUUGUGUCUAAUUCCUGUUCACAUUUUUUUUGUUUAAUUUAUCCUCAAAUUUCUGAUAUGUUCGACUUCGACUCCCCUCUGCUCUUCAUAUUAUCUAAAUUCUUCUCUCCGCUACAGUACAUCCCGUUCAUCUUUUUCUUUCGGUCUUCGUCAUUCUACCUUCCUCCCUUAUCCUCUACGUUGGUUUUGGUUUUUUAAAUCUUACAUCCAUCAAAAGAAGUUUAAUCUAGAAGUUGAAACAUUCGGGAAUCGGUUCUUUUCCUGGAAAUAAAAUGAAUUGAGGAAACGUUCGACUUAAAGAGGAUCAUCGUUUCUUGCACAAGAUAUUAUAAUUCCCUUUUGGGGAUGUUUGAGUGAUCUGAAACCGUUUCUCCUUAUGUUGCAACUUUCUUAUUACUCAUUUCGGCACAGCUAUAGCUACACAGAACGCCUUCAAUACCGUGCGUAAACAAACAAACGAGCAAGAUUGAUCUACUCCUAAAUGCGAAUGCUGCCCUACAAGGAAAAACAUCGAAUCGCGAAACCAGAGCAACUAGUUCAAGUCAGCGUGCGGCUCGCAUGAAGAAACAGGAAAAAUUCCAUCCCAAAGUCUCGCUUUCUCAACAACCUUAUUUCUUUCUCAUUUUCAUCCCAUAUCCCUCUUCUUUCCGGCGAGGAAAGGUCUUGGUUGACUUGACAUUUGAUCGAUAAAGAAAAUGUUAGCCGUGUUUCGGCGCCGAUGUGAAACAGAGAAGGACAAGUGUGUUCAGAGCUGGCUUGUUGGAAAUGCUGAUUCAGAGAAUAAACAAAACGUGAAUUUAAAGUAUAA